AUUCAUGAGCAGAGUCUGCGUUGCAGUUUGAUUGGUGCUCGUCAGCGGCUGAACGCAGUUUCAUGAUGGGGUUGAUUCAGAGCGUGUUUACUGCAGAGGCCGGCUAUCACGUGCACGGGAUUCAGGAGAAUUCACCAGCACAGAGAGCCGGACUGGAGCCCUUCUUUGAUUUCAUUUUAUCUGUUGGACACACAAGGCUGAAUAAGGAGAGCGAUAUGCUGAAAGAUCUUCUGAAGGCAAACAUAGAGAAGCCGGUGAGGAUGGAGGUCUACAGCAGUAAAAUGAUGAAGAUCAGAGAGUUGGAGGUCAUUCCCAGUAACAUGUGGGGUGGUCAGGGAUUACUGGGGGCAAGCGUACGAUUCUGUACAUUUCAUGGAGCAAAUCACAACGUCUGGCAUGUUUUGGAUAUGGAACCAAAUUCACCCGCUGCAUUGGCUGGACUGAAGCCUUAUUCUGAUUAUAUUGUUGGUGCGGAUCAGGUGCUACAGGACUCUGAGGAUUUCUUUACGCUGAUAGAGGCGUCGGAGGGGAAACCAUUGAAACUUCUGGUGUAUAACACACAGACUGAUGGCUGCAGGGAAAUUCACAUUACUCCUAAUGGAGCGUGGGGCGGUGAGGGAAGUCUUGGUUGUGGUAUUGGGUUCGGCUACCUCCAUCGCAUCCCCACAAGACCCCUCGCAUCAAGACAACAUGACAUUGAUACAACAUCUGAAACUAUAGAGGUAAAGCACAGUUCUGAGACAUUUUUAGAGAAUUCCUCGGAUGUUUCUGGCUGUGAUGAGACACUGGUGGACGUUUUUGGUGGACUUCAGACAAACUUUGAAGUUUCAACAGAAUUGGAGAAACAAUGUGACAAAGCUUCUGUUUUUGUGACCGUCACAGACAUGUUUGAGACGACAUCUGUAGAUCUCUCUGGAGUGUUGGAUUUAUCAUUGUCCUCUACAGAGCGUUCUGCCUCCUCUUUGUUAGUGGAUGAUGAUGAUGAUGCUGGACUUUACAGUAGUGAGGAUCUAUCUGUCAUGAGUCGGUCUGAAAACAGUACUGUCAACACUGGAAAAGACGUCCAGAUGAAUGACUCUGGGAUUUAUGGUGUUGAAAUAGGACCUGUGAUUUUAAAUAUGGAAGAAAGAUGUAAUGAGAUUAAAACAUUUCAACAUUGACAUCAAA